AUGAUUUUCUCACGGCGCGCGAUUCCGCUCCUCGGUCUCGCCUUCUUUAUCGUCUUCCUAUACACGGUCAGCAGUCUUUCCCGGCAAUGGCGGAAUAUGCCACAGGUGGUUGGCCUGGGCGACCUGGUUGCGACCCCGUAUCCAACGGCGUCUGGCCAUGUGAAUGUUUCUGGGGUGGUUGAUAAGCCUUCGAGAGAGCCGUACGCGCCUCGACCGCAUUAUGCGCCUGGUGUUCCUAAACCUCCCGGGUCAACAUAUACUAAGGCCUUGGUGGUGCCCCAAGCUGGUCUUGAAGACACCGAAUGGAUUCAAUUUGAAAUUCCAGAGUGGCAGCCUGCCGUCUACGUGGUUGACGAUCCCUCUGCGCCUUUACACCCUCCCAAGAACAAGGGCCAUGAGGUUAUAGUGUAUCUGAGCUAUAUUAUUGACCACUACGACAAACUACCCGACAUCAUUGCCUUCAUGCACUCACAUCAGUUCGCUUGGCAUAACGAUGAGAUCUUCAACGGUAAUGCCGCCGAGAUGCUGCAACGUCUAAACCCCGCGCGGGUAGUCCGAGAAGGGUUCAUGAACUUGCGUUGUACAUGGGCACCUGGCUGUCCUGAUUGGCUACAUCCAGGCACAUUGGAAGAGAAUGAACAAAAGCAAGAAGAAACCAUGCUGGCCAGGUCGUGGGGCGAAAUCUUCCCGGAUGACCCAAUUCCCGAUGUCCUCGCACAACCAUGCUGUGCCCAAUUUGUCGUUUCGCGCGAGCGCAUUCUCGCGAUCCCGAAAGCUCGCUUCGUUUACUAUCGUGACUGGAUUCUCCGAACGGAACUGAGUGACUAUAUCUCUGGCCGAAUCUGGGAGUAUCUGUGGCAUGUCGUGUUUACGGGUGAAAAUGUCGUCUGUCCUAAGGAGCACGUCUGUUAUUGCGAUGGCUACGGAAUUUGCUUUGGCGGCGAGGAGGAAUACGACAAGUUCCGAAAACUACAUUCGGAGAAGGGAGAGUUGGAGGAAGACCUCAAGUUCUGGCGCGGAGAAGCAGAGGCCAUCGAAAUCGAGCGAAUCGUAGGCACCCUAGGCGAACAAAGCCACGUCUCAGUGCCCGAUCCGGGUAGGGAUACCGAGCUAGAGCAGCUAAUUGUCGAAAAGGAACGGACAAUCGAAGAGAUGCUACGCAACGCCACCAAGCGCGGAGAGGACCCAAGAGCGAGAGCGUUAGAGGCAGGCAGAUUAUGGAAGGAAGGAGAUGGUGGCUAUGCGCCAAAUGAAAGUCAACUGGCUGGGCUGGUAGAAGCUGCUACUGCAGCAGCUGGUCAAGACGUAUCACCGGAAUGGGCCGCCGCCGCCGCCGUCGCAGCCGCCGCCGGUGCUGCCGGACAUCAGCAUCAUCUAGACGGCUACCCCUCGGAUAUGCAUAUCGAGGAUGAUAGCUUUGCAGAUGCAGGUUUUGGGACAGGGCUGGGCGCUGGAAGACAGUUACGAGCUCCAGGGCCUUCCGCCAAUGAACACAGUCAGCCUUCCGGACUGUCAAGAACUGUAUCAAAAAAGAGAAAGAGAGAUGGCCCACUUGACCCAGCCUUAACAGCCUCCGGACCUGGUGGUCAUCAGCAGCAGCCCCAUCAGCAUAAUUCGCAUCAUUAUGGUGGUGAAAGUCUAGAUAUCCGGUCUGCGCCUCCCCAGUCCUUAUCAGAAGCGCGCGCGGUUGGCCUACAUUCCGCAGCUGCUUUGUUCCGUCAACCCUCGAGCAACAAGAAGUACACACGACCACCCAUGUCGAGGCUUUUCGCUUCACUGGAAUUAUCACCAGAAAAUUUCCUACAUUUACAAGCCGCUGCCAAGGCAUACAUGCUAGAUGACAAGCAUCCAGAGCGACGUGAGUGUGUCGGUCAACGUGGCAAGGGGGACACGGAAAUGGUUAAAUUGAGACUCUGGAAUUGUGUGCGCCACUUCCUCGAAAUUGAAGGGAACGGUGAACGCUUUUUUGGUGAAAAUGUAGUCAACGAGGGCAUGGGUCCCAGGACCUAUGUAUGGCCCCGGGAUCAGCAGAAAAUCAUCGCACUUGUCAUUCCACUGCUACGGCGUAUGGUCACAAAUGAACGACAGAGGCAAUAUGCCGUUGAGACGAGGAAAGGGGGGGGAUCAGAGGAACGACGACGAAGGAAAACAGAAGACAGCCUCCAGAAUAUGAAUAGUGCUAGUCCCCCGAAGUUCCCCGUUGAGGAACAACUCCAGAUGCAUGCACAACAUCAUCCUCCUGAAGGGUAUGCGCCAACGCACCCCGAGUUGGGGGCGACUUCCCAAGACAUGGAGUUGGGCCUGACAGAUCUCCUUCCUGACGGCUAUCCAGCUGACUGGAAUGCCAUCUCUAAAACGUACGACACCUACAAUCAAAACUACGAGCUUGACAACCUGUGGUAUCUCUCGGGCCUACAGCAGCCAGAUUGGCGUGGGUUAGUAGCUGCUGUUGACAGCCAUUACCAGGUCAUUCACAACGGCGGUUUUGAUUGUCCCACACCAUGUGAGGACGAGAAUAUCAACCAUAUCUUACAUGCAAACUCUGUGUCGUGUUUACGGUGGAGAGUUGGUGGGGAUCGACAUCAAGUUGCCAGGAAUGAGUUUGCAAGCAGUAUCACCCGUGACCUUUCUCGCAUUAUCCGUGAUAAUAUUGCAACGAAACAUGGCGUACAAACGUCAACCGACGACCAUGCCUCCAUGCACCCAUCAAAUUUUCCGCCCCUCCCAACAGGUCUAACUAUGCCAAACCCGCCGACAACCUCUCAAGCACCAAUAUCUUUGCGAAUCAAUAUCAUGCAGAACGGUAAACGUGUACUUCCACGGGUAGAUCUUCCUGCAGGACACUGUCCGGACCUUGAGACUUUGAAACAGCUACUCUGCCGUCGAUUCGCGGGCCAGUUGCCAGGUCUACCUUCUGACCCGUCGCUGGACCCUGCAGCCUGGAUGUCUUCGGUUGGCUGGAGAUUCCGAGUCUGGUUGCCCGAGGGCUUGACCCCUGUCCAGAAUGACGGCGAGUGGACGAUCGCACUCCUCUCUGCGGGUAACGUAGACUGGAUGGACGGUGAUCUACGAGUCCUUGUAGAGCUGGAGAGUACCUCUUAG